GCUGCCUGUGGCGUGGCCACUGCGCGCUGCGCCCAGGGACUCAGCUGCCGUGCGCUGCCCGGGGAGACGCGGCCCCUACAUGCCCUCACCCGCGGCCAGGGCGCCUGCAUGCUGGAGUCUGAUGCCGCCGAGGUCGUGCCCAGCGACGAGGCUGAAGAGAACACCCCCACGCCUCCAGAGAAUGUGUCCCCCGAGAGUGCGGAGAUGACUGAGGAGCAGUUCCUGGAGAGGUUCCACCUGAUGGCCCCUUCCAGUGAGGACCGGCCCAUCCUGUGGAACGCCAUCAGCACCUAUGAGAGCAUGCGGGCUCGCGAGGUCGCCGACGUCAAAAAAUGGAAGGGGCCCUGCCAAAGAGAACUCUACACAGUGCUGGAGAGACUGGCCAAGGCACAACAGAAGGCAGGAGAAGAAAUUUACAAAUUUUAUCUGCCAAACUGCAACAAGAAUGGAUUUUAUCACAGCAGACAGGAUGGGCCCCCCUCACGUGGGGACAUGAAGCAGACAGCUAUGCACAACACUGUACCAUUUAACACAGGCUCCCACCUGGCCUCUUAG